AUGGCACCGAUUGAGCAGCCGCUGCUCUCGGCGCGCAGCGCCGUGGCGAGCAAGCCGCCUCUGUCCUACCUGAACAUCUUUCUCGAGUCUAUGGCGAACCUGUGGAGCGAGAAGAACUCGGAAGGCUGGAUAUCGCUGACAGUCGCUGAAAACAAGUUCCUGAGCAACAUGAUCGCCGAAAGGAUGAAUUCGGUGCCCGCUCUCCCGAGCGCGUCCCUGGGCUACGACAACAUGAAGGGCACCGAGAAGCUCCGCGAGGCCGUCUCGGCGUUCGCGAACCGCACCUUCCUGUCCGGGUGCGCGCGCCCCGCGACCGCGGACGACGUGUGCAUCUCCGCGGGCUGCGGCGCGAUCAUCGACAACUUGGUGUUCCUGACGUGCGACCCGGGCGACACGGCGCUGAUCAUCGCGCCGUACUACCCCGCCUUCGACAACGACCUCAAGGUCAAGGCCGGAGCGAUCCCGAAGCCCGUGUGGGUGUCGGACGACAUCGCGCAGAACGAUUCGAUCCAAGUCGAACCCUCCGUCAUCAAAGAGCAGCUCGCCAGGGCCGCGGACGAGGCCACGGCGGCGGGCUCGCGAGUGCGAAACAUCCUCAUCACGAACCCCUCGAACCCCCUCGGCCGAACGUUCUCCGAGGCGCAGCUGCGGGCCAUCAUCGAGUGGUGCACUGAGCGCAACGUGCACUUGCUGUGCGACGAGAUCUACGCCAACUCGCGCUUCCGCGCCAACGACGACGCGCCCUUCGUGAGCGCCGCGGCCGUCGUGGACAGCAUGCGGCAGUCCUGUGCUCCGGACGUCGCCGAGAAGAUGGACAACCUGAUCCACGUGCUGUACGGUUUCUCGAAGGACUUCGGCGCGAGCGGGCUCCGCUGCGGCAUCCUCAUCUCUCGUUCGCAGCCCAUCCACAACGCCCUGUCCAACAUAAGCUACUUCUGUGCGGUGUCCAACCACACGCAGCACGCGCUCGCGUGCCUCCUCGAGGACGAGGCCUGGACCGAGGCGUACCUCGCGGCCAACAACGCGGCCCUCGCCGGCGCGUACGGAGCCCUGACGGCGGCGCUGGACAAGCACGGCAUCCCGCACGCGGACAGCUCCUCCGCGAUGUUCUGCUGGAUCGACCUGCGCAAGGGGCUCCGCGAGAAGACGUGGGCGGGCGAGCAGGAGCUGUGGGGGCGGCUUGUCGAGCAGCGGCUGCUCCUGACGCCAGGGGGGGAGUGUCACGCCAUGGAGCCGGGGUUCUUCCGCGUGUGCUUCGCGUGGAUGGGCUCCGAGAAGGCGCUCGAGGUCGCGGUGGAGAGGAUCGCCAAGGUCGUUGCGAGCACGUAG